UCGAGGGACGCGGCGCAAGCGCAGAAGCUGCUCUGCUGUUGCCCCGGCGCCGCUGCCGCUGCAGCCGCCGCCUGCCUUGCCUCGUCAGCUGCGCUCGGGGCGUCGUCUCCCUGGCCCGGCGCCUGGGCCAGGGGCUGGGUCAUGUCCCGAAAGCAAGCGGUGAAGAGCCGGCCGGGCAGCGGCCGGAAGGCCGAGGCGGAGCGGAAGCGGGACGAGCGCGCGGCUCGGAGAGCCCUGGCCAAGGAGCGGCGGAACCGGACGGAGCCCGGCGCCGGCGGCGAGGAGGAGUUCGUCAGUUUCGCCAACCAGCUGCAGGCCCUGGGGCUCAAGCUGCGCGAGGUGCCGGGCGACGGCAAUUGCCUGUUCCGAGCUCUUGGGGAUCAGUUAGAGGGACAUUCACGAAACCAUCUCAGACACAGACAGGAGACUGUUGACUAUAUGAUAAGACAGCGGGAUGACUUUGAACCUUUUGUGGAGGAUGAUAUUCCCUUUGAGAAACAUGUUGCCAGUUUGGCAAAACCUGGCACUUUUGCUGGAAACGAUGCAAUUGUAGCCUUUGCAAGAAAUCAUCAAAUGAAUGUUGUUAUUCAUCAGCUUAAUGCCCCUUUGUGGCAGAUUCGUGGUACAGACAAAGCCAACGUCAGGGAGCUGCACAUUGCGUAUCGCUACGGAGAGCACUAUGACAGCGUUCGGAGGAUCAAUGAUAAUUCAGAAGCUCCUGCCCAUCUUCAGACAGACGUGAGCAUGUUUCAGAUGCUUAAUAAAGAUGACUCAAACAAGAGAGAGAAGAUUAAGCCAAAGGAGGAUGACUUUGAAGAUGACUUGAAAGAUGAAGUAGAAGAUGCCGUACAGAAAGUUUGUAAUGCAACUGGAUGUUCAGAUGUUAAUUUAAUAGUACAGAACUUGGAAGCUGAGAAUUACAAUAUUGAAUCUGCAAUACUUGCGAUGGUACAGAUGAACCAGGGGAAAAGAAACCCACAAUACCUUUCUUUGGAUGAGGCAGAGGAGAAACCAGAGAUCUGUGGCAGAGCUCAGAAACAGCGUGGCUCCAUAUGGGAGGAGGGCGGCAGUGGUAACAGAAUCUUUGGAAAUCAAGGCUUAAGUGAAAGUGGAAAUGAAAACAAUAAAACACAAAGCAGUCCUGUUGGAGAAAUCAAAACAAGUAAAAGCCAGCCCCUCAAGGUAACAAAUAAACAAAAGAGAGAGCAGCAGCGCCUGGAGAAGAAGAAGCGCCAGGAGGAACGACACCGCCAGAGAGCCCAGGAGAACAGGAGUAACAACCCUGACAACAAUCGCAGCGAGGCAGAUGCUAGUGCACAGGUCACCUUGGUGAAGACCUUUGCUGCUCUCAACAUUUGACUGCUCUUGGUGUCUUCUAAAACGAUAAGCUGAUGGAAAAUGGAUUGCUUAAUAGGAAAUAGACUGAACUUUAUGAUAAGGCCAUCAUUUAAAAAAAAGAAAAGAAAGGAAAACACUUACAAAAGAUAUUCAAAAAUAUUAGUUUGUCCCUAGCUCUUUUUAAUUUAGCAUUUCAUUAGUGAUGUGUUCUUUUUUGUUGUUGUUUUGACCACACGUGCAGUAAAAAUUACCUUCUGUAAAACUCAAGAACUUAGGAAUGGUUAAUUAGGUCAGUGGAACAUUUUAAGUGUAGCUCUGCUCUCCCUGACAAUGAGUUCAGUGGUUAUGGACUCUUUCCUUAAUGUUUGGGGUGAGUUUUGCCGUCUUGUUCACAAAUUAAUUCAAGUUAGUAGUUUCAAAUUUAGAAUGACAAGCCUUUUUUCUUUCCCUGGUUUAUGUACAGACAUUAAUAUACAGGGUAGUUUGCAAAUGAUCUCCAACUCAGGAACAAGUUUAGAUUUCUUUUAUUUUCUUCUGAUCCGCAUUGUAUAGACAAAAAUUCAGGAACUGUUUUUCCAAAGCUGUAUAAUAUAGGGGCAGAUGGGGCCUAUAGUAAGGGUGAAAAUCGAAUAAUUUAGAUUUCUCCCCCUCCUGGAUUUUGAGUUUCAACCUGGACCAGGUGCUUUUCAUGUCUAGUUGUACUCAAGCCAUAUGCUAGCUAAUGCUUCUGACUGUUAAAGAGGGAAGGAAGAAAAAGCAGAAUUGUAGAUUUAUUGGUACCCAUUUCUUUGAAAUGGAAAAGAUUGCCUUAUUGUUUACAAAACAUUUCUGGAACUUUGGACAUGACUGGAACAGGAUUUUCUUCUCUUUCAUAAUAAUGAAGGGGAGGUCAAGGAUUUUCCUGACCCAAUGUCUGAGAAGAACCUGCCUUCAAAGGGAUUCUUUAUGUGUAGGACUGUUUUUAUAAAGGGAGAACCAUAUAUGUUAGGAAGAAUGAUUUUUGUUUUUGUCUUUUUCCCCCAAGUUGAUAUUUUAAACAUCUCAGAUUUCUUCCCCUCUAUUUUAGAUUUGGAAAGCUGCUAUCAAAGAUGUCAGGGGAACUUAACUGUGUUGAUCCAUGAAUUAAAAUUUCUUUAGUGUCAUGGAAAUCAAAUUCCUUGUAAUAAUGAACUUAUUUCUCAUUCUUGGGAUUUUGAUAGUACAAAGAGCUCACUGCAUUGUCAUUGUGGAUCAUGGGUCAGAACAGGUAUCUCGGCUAAGGUCCUUAAACUAUAAGUCUAAUUCUGAAAUUGCAUAGCAAGGCUCGAGCAAUUUGAGCAUGUUUUCUCAGGAUUCUUAGCUUGUGUGAAGGAAAACUUUUCUAUCUGGGAAUAUCUGUGUAUAUGGUGUCUAAUCUUCAAAUUUCGACUGGUUUGUGUGAAAACAGUAAUUGAUGAGUCGUAAGUUAUAUUAUGAACUGGUUUCCCAUUAAAAAAAAAAGUUUACCCCAGUUGUAAAGAUUCCCGUAAGGGAGACCUAUAAAAGCAGUAUUUGAAUUGUAUAGAUACUGUUGUCUGGGCUGGCCCUGGAUUCAUGGAAUUAUCUUUUUAGCAGCAGCAUCUAUGCUUUCUUUGGUUUGAAUGAUGUGUUUUGAUUUUUUUUUCUCUCUAUUUUGAUGACCUUUUGAUUGGAACAUUAACAUUUCCUGUGAUUGUUCCCAGGACAUUGUGGUUUGGGAGUUUUCCAGAGUGCAGAUUGUAAUAUUUAUCAGGUUUCUUAAACAGCUGGGUGGAGACAGACCAUGCCUACUGGUCAAUAGCUUUUUUCCUUCUGCAUAUUGUAGAAUCCCUUGAUUGAGAUAGUCUCCGUUAUUUAAGCAAGAGAUUCCUUUUGUCUUUGAGAGCUAGCUUUGAGUGUUCCUGAACACUUUUAUAAACAGAAUUUAGGGUUGGUUACUCUGUUGGUGUUCAUCUGGACACAUUCCUAAUUGGGACCAAGCUUUUUCUGAAUGAGCUGUCUUUCUGUUCUGUUGGGUUUGUGCUCCUGUGUGACAGCUGACAGAGGAGAGUGGGCCCCAUCAGAAAGAACAAGAAGAGUGACGUGAACGUGAAAUUCAGGAGAAUUUUUAAUGAGAGGUAACUGAAGGGACCCAUUGUAGGAAAUAUUGGAGGAAACUACCUCUUUGCUUCAUUGGUCACUGUUAGUGGUCAAGAGGAGCAUGUCUGUCUCUAGGAAUUUGGGAGGCACUAUAAAGAUUAAAGGACAUUUAUUUUGUCAUAUCUUCUUGUUUCUGGGAUUGGGUAAUUUAUAAUCCAUAAAAUUUCUGGGAUUAAAUGACAGUGGCUCAGUUCAUCAACUAGCUGCUUCAGUGAUUUGUUUUAUUGUUUUCUCUCACUUCUUCAGUUGUAAAUUGGUACUGUUUAAGUGCUAAUUUUUAGGAAUUGGGAAUAUGGAUUUUUAUCUUAGGCAUCUUUUAGCUUAAGAUUUGAUUUAAGAAUUUAUUGCCUGAGUUUCCCAUAAAGCAGGAUAAAUGGAAUCUAUGUAUGUCUCUUGAUAGGACCUUGACAUUAGUAUGCAGCCUCAAUUUGGAAAGCUCUAUAUUUUGAAUAUCUGCUAAGACCACUUAUUGGUGGCUGCCAGCCUAGCCAGGGUCACCCAUUUGAAUCAUGAUUAGAGAUUGAAUCUGUGCUUAACUUUCAUGUCACUGGGAGAUAUUUAGUGUUCAGUGGAAUUAUCCCUGAAUGCUCUUACUGCAGAGAAAAGAAGGGAGCCCUCAGAAGCUCUGUGGUAGUUUAGUUAGUAGCACUACAUUUGUAAAAGUUUUAAAAGAAUUUUUCAUAUUAGGGUGGGAGGGGAAAAAUCCUCAUUGGUGGCAGCUGAACCAGAGAGAAAUGUGUGAGUCAGAGCAAUUAUAUUUAGUACUCAUAGAAGCUACCAGAAUGGAUUGUGGAAUUCUAUUUUCUCUCUGUGUGUGUGUGUGUGUGUGUGUGUGUGUGUGUGUAAGCAUAAUACUCUUUUGACACAUUGAAUCUAUGCUUUCAGGUAUGAUCUCUGGGUGAGGAAGUUGUGGCAAAAAUAAAACUCAAAACUGCUAGUUGAGGACCAUCUAGAGUUUCUUCCAUAAGCACAGAAAACAUUUCCAUAGCUCUCUUGGCAUCAAAGGUUUGCAUUGUGGGACCUCUCUUGUGGAGCAGCUAGACCUGGGCUCAGGAGAAGCCGGAAUGUAGGUAAUUUCUAAUGCUCUGCUAAUGAUACUGUAGGGAAGGCUUUGCCUGUGAAAGUGCAAUUGAACCUUUUGUGAAUGAGUUAAAUGGGCUGUGUUGGGCAUUCAGCAAGCUCCCAUUGUAAAUAUGCCCUGACAUCCCUUUUCAACUAAUCGUAGAUCUUGAUUCCACUGCUGCAGUUUUUCUAGUUUAGGGGAACCCUCCCUAGGCCUUGCCUGAGUUUUAUUGGGUUGACAACAGUGAUCUCAGUUUACUGUUCCUGAAAUGCUCAAUUCUAAUGAAACUUUUGAUCAUUUUCAAAGCAGGAAGUAAAGAAAUUCAGAUGUGUGUUCUGGGGCAGAAACAACCUCAGAAAAGCAUGCUUGCCAGCUAGAUCCUUCUAGAGACAAAUAGUGCAGUUCAUUGCAUAUAUAGUCUUAGUCUGUCCUCGUUUUGUGGAGUAGAAGUACAGGUAUGCACAUUUUGGCCUCAGGGCACUAGUCAUUUCAAAGCUUUUAACUACAGAAACUAUACAAUUUGCCUGUAUAUUGUUGGUCUUAGUUAUUUCCUAGUGUUAUUCAUCUCAGACUUCGGAGUAGAUAUUCAAAAUCAGAGAGGUUCAUACAGUUAUGUUUAUAUGGAUGGCAUCAUUGAUUAAUAGACAUCACUUUUUAUAGGGAGAUGUCUUCCUACAAAGUUGAAAAUACAUUUUUUAAGUUGACUAUUCUAAAAUUUUAAGUUUUGUCCCCAAGUUGUGAUGAUAAUAACUCACAUUUACGUAAUACUGUAACAAAGUAGUUUUCCCAAAGCAACCCUGUGAGAUUGGUAGUGCAAGUGUUACCCCCAUUUUAUAGAUGUGGAACCUGAGGCUUAGAAAAGGGAAGUGGCUUGCUCAUGGUCACAUAGCUGAUAAUUGUCAGAGGCAGGAUUUGAACCCAGGUCUGUUGACUUCCAAACCAGCACUCUUUCUAUAGCACCAUGCUGCCUAAUGCUGAAAAUGAUCAGAAUCCCUUUAAAAUCAUGUUCAAAUGAAAGAUGGCAAUUUUCUGAGAACAUCAUAAUAUUGACAGUAAGUCACAAAGUGUAAAUACUGUUCUCUAUCUCAAAAUGUAUAUCUUGAGGAGAGAGCCAUAUGAGAGAUGUAUGCCGUGUCUGUUUCCUGGAUGUUUCUGUUUAGAUAUUUAGUAGUGUGGGUACUAAUUUUUGAAACUUAUUUCCAAAAGCAUAAAUUUCUAUACAGUAAAUUUCUUUUAAGCCAGAUACACCAGUGAUGCAGAACCCCCCCCCCCCACCCCUUGCCCCCAUUACCUGACUCUCAUCAGGGUUGGUAGGAGUGCAAGGUAAGUUACCACUUAAUGAUGAUUCUGUGGUCCACAUGAAGUGGAUUGGCAGGUGUGAUGCCAGUCCUCGUUAGGGAAUAUGCGAAAGAUUACUUGUCGGAUUUCCUUACAAUGAUUUGAACUUGGACAUGGAGACCGAACUACUGUUUGUUCCUCUGGCUGCUCUCUUUGUUAGAGCUUCUGACAUGGAAGUGUUUGGGUAUGACCCUUAUGUUGUUCUGCCUUUACUUCCCCUUUUUCUGUGGAUUAAAGGGCAUCUGGUUUCCCUGGCUAUCAAUCUGGUAUACUUCAACAGCCAUAUAUUCACAUAAAAGAAAGAAAGGAGAGAGGUGAAUUGUCAUGUCAAGCCUGCCUGCCCUUGAGUCUGCAGCUGCGGUGCUGGUAUACUACCAUGCCUUUUAUGAAGGGUGUGAAUGUGUGUCAAUGUACGAGGGGCCUUCUCUUUUGUCAGAUUGCACUACACUUGUUCUAGCUUCAGUUUGGAGAUAUUUAAGACCUCCAUGGGGUCAUGAUCCAUAGACUUAGCAAGUCUUGCCUUAUCUAUGGAAAUUGAUGAUGAGAAAUGUGUCCUAGAGUCUAAUGUCUGUAGUUUAUACCCCAAAGUGUUGUUUUUUUAAAAAUUCUGUCAAUAUAAGUCUUUUUAAUUUUUGAUUUACCAAAGUACUGUACUUGGCUAUUUGCAGUGUUUUCAAACCAAAUGUUUCUGUUUUGUGUUCUUAAUUUUAAAUUCUUGGUGCAAUAGAAGCUGCAAAGAUGUGCCGCUUUAUCUAUGAAAAUGGAGUUUUGUAUUCUGAUGAAAUCUAGAUUAAAAACCAACUUUAAAGUUGUUUUACCAA